AUGCAGGAUCGCGCAAUUACCGAUUAUUUUGGUGUGAGUAAAACUCCCUCGGCUUAUCAUCUACGCAAGCGAGAUAUAUCAAAAUUAUCUCCAGACACAAUUAAGGUACAAAUAGAAAAACCAGAGGGAUCUAUAUCUUUUGGAAAAAGAAAAGUGUCUGCUCUUGACAAUUGUAUUGAGUCGAAAGAAGAGCCACUCCGAACCAAACAGUCUAUUCCAAACUUGGAUCAUUUUGCCAGCUCAUCACCGAUAAAAACGUUGACUUUCUUGCCUGCACAUGAGCGCUUUGCACAUUUAAGUUCAAAUGCUUCCACACCGGCCCUUCAUACUUCCCCAUUAAAAACUCCAACUAAAAAGUUUCUCUCUCAGCAUCAAGAGCAAUAUGGAGUUUCCCUACCGCGUCCAGGGGAGGAAAAUGUAACCGCACUCACUAAUUUAGUGGAAGGUGCAGAGGCUACUAGCAUCAUCUCGCCUGAACUUCAUCUUCCCUCGCAUAUGCGUCUUCUUUGGGAGCUGUUUCGAGCUUGUGAUAAUGUAGUGAGUAUGCUUCAUAAUCGCUCUGAGAUGUGUCGUUUCGAUAAAGUUCGUCUUUCUGUUCAAGAAAUCGUCAGGAGAGAUUUUGAUGAAAGGCAUGUUGCUCAGUUUAUUACUGUGUAUCCAGAUGCUUACAAGUUACAUUACGAAAGACAAUUAGACAAACAUACACGACAGGCAACUAGCGAAUUCGUAUUAGUGUUGACUCCAAAUUUACGUACAGGUUAG